AUGGAGCUGGGCUUUGGCUCUCCACGCAGACUGGCUACAAAGUCUGUCCAGUCGACUCUUAAGGAGAUGCGAGGUGAGAUGUCAAACAUUCAAUCCAGUGUGAAGCAGCUCAGCAACACCAUCGACGAAGAGGCCGCACGCGUGAAGGCCGGAGAGGAGAAACUGAACAGCCAGAUCCAGGAGCUUUCGGACCAAAUGGCCGAGGUCAGCCAAGGCGUCACUGACAUGAAGGAGCCGCUUAUCGAUUCAGGAAAGACAGAUCCGACGUCUGAGGCAGGCCACCUCAAAGACGAGAGGGGCGUGAAUCUGACGAGAUACCCCGUGAUUCCACCCAAGGUGAUGGCUUUCUGCCUCACCUUCUUGGCUGCAGCGUAUCUGUGGUUCACCAUGGGCAUCAUCGGCUUCUGGAGAAACACUGCUUUCCACAAGAAGCUCUACUUGUGGGUUGCUGCUUUUUUGUACUAUGGAGCGACACCGGUGGUGUCCUUGCUCCUGGGUAUGAAAGCCACUUGCCAAGGCGGCCCUCCCACUUUGGCAUACGAGGUUUACGGUGUAUUCCUCGUCGUGCACAUGGGCCUCGCCUUGUAUGCCAUUCAUGACGAGGAGAUCAAAUUCUGGGAUUUCUCCAAGGGUCUCAUGGCGAGCACACCGGUGCUGCUCCUUUUCACGGCCUUGGAACACAUGGACAUGGCCACCGAUGCCAUGUUCGUCGGAGCAGCUGCGGCAUGCAGCGACAACGUCACCGAUGCGUUCCUGACGUCAUGGCAAGCUGUACCUUUCGUGGGUGGAGGGUUGAAGACCGUGAUGGAGCAGCUGACCUUUCCAGGUCUGGUGUUCUGCGCUUUCGUGCUUGCCGCGUACUUACCGCAGUUUGCGAUGGUGUAUUCGUUUUGGCUGUGCCCUUUCCUGGUCAUCACCAUGCUGCUUUUGGUCUUUGCUUUGUCGAUCCCGUUCAAUGGUUGGCUGGCUGGGGCUUUGGUGCCCGGCCUUCCCCUUGCCUUGGCCAUAUCCUUCCUCGGAGCAAAGCAAUGGCGUGUAGCCGGGUAUGAGCUGGAGGACCGCCGAAAAGCGGGUCUUUGGGUGGGCAUGUUGGUUUUCGAGGCAGCUCCGGGAGCCAAAGACGAAGACAGAGACAUGGUUUUGACAUUGUCCCGUGUUCUCUUCGAGAACAUGGUGCAGCUUUGGCUCCAGGCGUCCUUCUUCGCCUUCACAUUCGAUGCCGUCACGAAUACAGCGCGCACUAAAUUCUUGGUCUCGCUCAGCCUGGGUCUCGUCGCCUCGGCCUCAAAGGUCCCCAGAUUUCUUUACCCGCAGAUGAUGCAAUGUCAACGAAGUGAGCGGACCGUAGUGGCCGCAGUGAUUGCAGCUUGGUUGAUGUUCUCAUCGUUGGUCGGUUCCUUGCUCUUCGUGGUGCUGAAGGUGUAUUUCGCGUUCACCUGCCCAUCGCACGUUUGGAAUCUUACCAGCGGCUGCGUGGAGCCGUCUUAG